CUUCAUUCAUUCUCUCUACAUUCCAAAGUUGAAUGGAAAUUGAAAAUACAAAAGCAUAGCGUGCGUGUCAACGAUAGAGUUUCAAAAUUUUUAGAAUUAGAAAGCUCUUUUGGAGAUAGUUUAAGAAAUGGAGAUGCCUUCAGUGCUUGCAAAGGGGUUGGACAGCCUGCAUUUGGCAGAUGUCACUUCGAAAGUUCCAUCGGACAACGCCGUAGUGGAGGCGGCCGUCGACAGCAAACUGACCGAGAUUGAAGGGUCUGACACGGUUACAUUCAAUCCCCCCGUCUACCUUCAGCGAUAUGCAGCAGUACAGGAAAUAUUGAAAACAAUGUUCUCUGAGCCAUUUAAUCUCGACUUGGAGAACGGAAGGACCGUGAUGGAAGUCGGAUGCGCUGAAUAUGGAAUGCACAUUUUCUUGAAAAACAUUUUGGAGCUGGGAAAAAUUAUUUAUUUGGACAUUGACGAGAAACUUUUGACUGACCGGAAGGCAAACUUGAGACCCUUUCCAGCCGAAUAUUUGCAACGACCCACUCGACCCAAACCUCUCGUUAUUGAAGCUUACGCCGGAGACAUAACAUAUGUAGACACACGGAUUGUCCAGGAAAACCCGGAAGUUUGGGGUGUAAUAGCAAUCGAAUUAAUCGAGCAUUUACAUCCAGAAGUCUUGAGAGGUUUCGAAAUCAGUGUAUUUGGAGUCAUCAAUCCCGAAAUUGUGGUGGUGACAACGCCAAAUUCAGAUUUUAACGUUGUAUUCAAUCUUCCGCCUGGCAAAUUUCGACACUGGGAUCACAAGUUUGAAUGGACAAGAAAUGAAUUUAAAACUUGGUGCGACAAGAUAUGCACUGAAUUUCCAGAAUACGAUUACUCAGUUCAUGGUGUUGGCGAGGGACCACUGCCUGAUACUGCACCCCUUGGAUGCGUCUCGCAAAUGGCAGUAUUUACAAGAAAUAGCAGGGUCCCCCAACGCACAAAUCAAAUUCUACCUUCCAAAGAUAAUGCAUACAAGUUGAUAGAGUCUGUGAUAUUUCCAAACUAUAUCGAAAAACGCACCUUAGAACAAAUCGUUGUAGAUGAUGUAGACUAUUUAAUCUGUCACUGUUGGCUAACCAAACGCAAUAUUGAGAAUUAUAUGGAAAAUGAUAUUUACGAAGUUAUAUACACAAUGAAAGAAAUUAAGGACUUGCUGCCAACAAAGUCAACAAAUGUGCAGUCUGUCGAUGAAGAAUUUAUAAAGACUGCUUUAAUGAAUGCGAACAAAUAUGAGAUUUGCAUCAUUGAUGGAUCUUCCUGCAUUCGGAUUGCCAUUCCUCUUUGGGACCAAUGUGAGCAAGACGAAAUGGAUGAAGAAGAAAUGCAUGACGUGGAGGAAAGUAAAAUUAGUAUAAAUCAACAGGACUCUUCAAGUGCAAGAGAUAUCGAUGCUUAUGAUUCAUGGGAAUAAGCAAUUUUUGUUGGAUGAACGGACAGGGUUAAUUCAUUAAGCAGUUAUGCGAAUCAAUUUAUUUAUUAGUUUCAAAUAGCUGGUUUGAUUUAUUAAUUGUAUAAAAUUUUAUUAUCGUUUAAAAAAACGUCAACCGUAUAUUACAGUAUUCAUACAAUAAAGUUAAACAGAAAAUUGUAUAAUA